GCACCUAUCAAGGUUAGAAUAGCGCUAUUAGAUCCCCUUCUGCUACUUACUCUCAAUAAACACCUUAUAGAGUGUUUCACUUCAACUUGUCAUACAUCUUGCUCUAUUUCUAGUGGCGAUCGCUGCCUUGGGACUGGGGAGGUGCAUUUAUCAAGACGUCUUUUUUUUAAAUCCGCUAUUAUUUCUGAGGACUGCACGGCGCGUCUUUGCCCUGAGACAUGUUUGCAUCUUCUUCUUUGUUAUCGCAUUUCUCUCUCAUAAAGACGAAAACCUGCAAGGACACUUCAGGAAGAUUCGGCUCUCCGCUGGUGUGAAUGAAGGUGACCCGCCUUGGGGAUCGUUGCAAUGCGGAGAGAAUCCAGGAGCGGAUCGAUCAAUUAGUAAGAGAGUAAGAAAUAAAAAAUCGAGUGGGAGUAUAUCAGUUGAUCGGCAUUUUAUAUCAGGGCAGUUUAUCCACUUGAUGUGUAUGCAUGAGUUCUGCACCGAAUGGGCGCAAAAGCCGCCCCAGAACUACCGGGACCGUUUUCCAGAUAGGCAAUAAGCCCCCGUCCAGAGACUCGGAGCGCACGGAGAGCGGCGCAGCUGUAGCGGACUGCAGAAUGGUUGUCCAGGAUUUCAAUACACUUGUGGCCCUCUAUAGGGAGCUGGUUAUCUCUAUUGGAGAGAUUUCUGCAGACUGUCCCUCUCUUCGCGCGGAGAUGCACAAAACACGCACAAAAGGCUGUGAAAUGGCGCGGACUGCACAUCAAAACCUUUCUGCAAUAUCAGGCCCGGAGGAUGGAGAAAUACAUCCAGAGAUCUGCCGUCUAUUCAUCCAGCUGCAGUGUUGUCUGGAGAUGUACCUGACGGAGAUGCUUAAAUCUGUGUAUCUACUGGGAUCCCUGCAGCUCCACAGGAAAGGGAGACAUCAUUCAGGAGCAACAAAAGUAGACAGUAAGAAAGAAGACAGCUCUGAUGUUCCCAUACUCGAAGACACUUCCUCCACUCCACCAGACUGUUCGCAGACCUACUUCCUGGUGGUUACAGACAUCGAGAACAUCGAGAGGGAUAUGACGGAAAUGAAAAAUCUGUUAAGCAAACUCAGGGAGACGAUGCCUUUACCGCUGAAGAAUCAAGAUGACAGCAGCUUGUUGAAUCUAACGCCAUACCCAUUGGUCAGACAAAGAAAGAGGCGUUUCUUUGGCCUCUGCUGUCUUGUGUCCAGUUAAGAGAUCUUCUUGUGUCCAGUCACGAAUGACUGCAUUUCUUCACAAUGUGUGACACUCACCAAUCAACAGUACUACUGCCAUUUCCUAAACCAGUGCUUUCAUUUGGUGAGUGCUGUCAAGUUUCCCACUGCUAUGAGAAUAAAUAGAAGAGAUACCUUGAAGAGUCAUAAAAAAGAUAAUAAAAAAAUCACCUAUUCAACAGAUUUUCUUUUUUAAGUAAAUGUAUGUUCGUCCACAUUACGCUUAGCAAAGAUAAUGGCUCAUAGUACAAGUAACUACUAUGUCUGUUCUAUUCAAUUGUUACCAUAGCUGAGAAUGUCACAAGGCUCUGUUAUGUUAUUGCACAAUACAUAUGCUGUGCUUUUUGUCAAGACAGAUGUUGUUAUGAGGAGUUCAAGACUGCAAAUUCCAGCUGAGGUUACACUAUGUAGUUUAACUGCUGAACAUGUAUAAUGCUUAUUUUUUAUUAAAUUAUCACAGAGGCAAAACAAGACCGCACAACAUUAGCGAAUGUGGGAUCUGUUACCAUGUUUUUACUACAGUAUUAUUUAGUCUUCCAUAAACCGAAAAUCCUGUAAUUCUUUUCUUUUGAGUCUUUAGGAGUAUAAAAUACCUGAAGAAGCCUUUGUAAAUAAAGAAUAUAUCUAUA